AUACGAUAUGGGUGAUAAUCGCAAUACGUUAAUACACAGAAAGGGUCACACAAUAAGAAAAGAACGACUUUCUCAUGCUGUGUUUCGACACCAAACAGGGCCAAUUGUUGGGUCUAGGGGCGAAUUCUUUCUAUUGAAUUCCAUGUUGCUAGCUGUAUUACAGCGUGCGUUUGGUAUUACAAUGCUCGAUAUAAACAGUGAAUGUUCCAGGCUCGAUGUUUUGUGGUCUAACGUGUAACUAGGAGGACUACCAUAUUUACAUGCUUACCUGAUUUUGAGAACAUAUAUUAAACAUGGUUGAAAAUCUCACCGAUGAGCAGAUUUCAGAGUUCAAGCAAUGCUUUGCUCAUAUGGACAAAGAUGGUGAUGGGAUGAUCACAACCAAAGAGUUGGGCAUCGUGAUGAGGUCACUAGGUCAGAACCCAACAGAGGCAGAGUUGCAAGACAUGAUCAACGAAGUUGAUGCUGAUGGUAAAAACCAAGUUACCUUCCCGUCCUUCCUGAACGUCAUGGCGAAGAGGCCAAAGGUUGUGGACACUGAACAGGACAUUCUUGACAUCUUCAAGACGAUGGACAGAGACCAAAACGGGUUCAUCAGUGCCGCAGAGUUACGUUACACGUUGACAUCAAUGGGGGACAUGCUCUCUGACGAGGAAGCGGACGAACUUAUUCGUCAGGCGGACAUUGAUGGUUCUGGAAUGAUAGAUUAUGAAGAUUUCGUAAACCGAAUGAUGGCAAAGUGAAGUGACUUCUGAUCCUUAAAUGCAGGAACAUCUACCAUGGUCACCGAUGGCGUCCAUGCUGGCGUUAUAUGAUCUUACCCCAUGCUAUGAGUAUCUGAAUCAACGGAUGAAUAUGUGUAAUAUUUUAAUUCUAAUUAAAUAUAUUUAAUAAAACAAAUUCCACAACAUA